AUGGAUUCUCUCACGACCCAUCCCUCCACCGCGCAGCAGGCCCGGGCCUUCACGUCUCCUGCUUCUCUGUCCUUCCCCGGUGGUGCCGGUGAUCUGACCCCACCGUCCGAUAAAGACCCAAACAUGGCGAUGAAUGCGCAGGGUGCGAACGGAAAUGUGAACGGCCAGCAGCAGGGAGGAAAUGCCGCCAAUGGCAACGGGGUGACGCCCGCUACUCCCGCUGCGACCCCCGGUGCCAACACUCCGGGGAGUGGAAUUGUGCCUACGUUGCAGAACAUUGUCGCUACCGUCAACCUUGACUGUCGUUUGGACUUGAAGACCAUCGCGCUUCACGCAAGAAAUGCGGAGUACAAUCCUAAGCGUUUCGCGGCCGUGAUCAUGCGUAUCCGGGAACCGAAAACCACCGCUCUGAUCUUUGCCUCGGGCAAGAUGGUCGUGACUGGUGCCAAGUCGGAAGACGAUUCCAAGCUGGCCUCCAGAAAAUACGCGCGUAUCAUCCAGAAGCUCGGCUUCAAUGCCAAGUUCACGGAUUUCAAGAUCCAGAACAUCGUCGGUUCUUGUGACAUCAAGUUCCCCAUCCGUCUGGAAGGUCUGGCCAGCCGCCAUCACAACUUCAGUUCUUACGAGCCUGAGUUGUUCCCGGGUCUGAUUUACCGCAUGAUGAAGCCCAAGAUUGUGCUCUUGAUCUUCGUCAGUGGCAAGAUUGUCCUGACUGGUGCAAAGGUCCGCGAGGAGAUCUACCAGGCCUUCGAGCUGAUCUACCCUGUGUUGUCUGACUUCCGCAAGGUCUAA